ACCACGCGCGCGUAAAGAGCCUCCAAAGAGUUGUUGCACUUUCCAGAAGUCCUGAAGCGUUUUGCAGUGGAUGUACAGGCAUGUCGCCGGAGCACGAGCGCGGAGGAAGGUGGUGGCCGAGGCGGACAGCGCGGCGAUGCCAACAACAACACCAGCAACAAUACCGCCGCUGCGUCCUGCACUUCAUCACGAUUCUCCUGAGCAGCUGCGUCACGCGCACUGCCGCCGGAGCUGAAGCUCACUCGGAGUCGAACGUGGUGACUGCCUCCAGCUGGAAUGUUUCCAGUGAAGCACAGAAAGACCACUUCCUCAGACUCGAUGCACCCAUGAACAACAUCACCACGUCUCUGGGCCAGACUGCCGAGCUGCACUGCCAUGUGUCGGGAAACCCGGCGCCCACAGUGCGCUGGCUGAAGAAUGAUGCUCCAGUGACUCCAGAGGCGAGGCGCAUUUCCUACAAACAGACCCCCUACGGCUCUCGACUGCGCAUCCGGAACCUGGACACCACCGACACCGGCUACUUCCAGUGUGUGGCCACCAACAGCUACGGAACCGUCUCCACCACAGGAAUCCUCUUUGUGAAAUUUGAUCCGCUGCCAACCCCCCAGUCUGGAAAGCCUUCACCAGAGGACUUUGAUGAGGAAGGUUUCUGCCAGCCGUACAGAGGAAUCGCAUGUGCUCGCUUCAUCGGGAACCGGAGCAUCUUCGUAGACUCGCUGCAAAUGCAGGGCGAGAUCGAAACUCAGAUAACAGCUGCGUUCACCAUGAUCGGCACAUCCAACCACCUCUCGGAUCGCUGCUCUCAGUUUGCCAUCCCGUCGCUCUGCCAUUUUGCGUUCCCCACAUGUGACCGGAGCUCCGGAAUCGAUAAACCACGCGACCUUUGCAAAGACGAGUGUGAGAUCCUGGAGAACGACCUGUGUAAGACCGAGUACAUCAUCGCACGCUCCAACCCCAUCAUCCUCAAACGACUCAAACUACCCAACUGUGAGGACCUGGCCGCUUCGGACAGUCCCGAGGCGGCCAACUGCAUGAGGAUAGGCAUCCCUAUGGGCGAGUCCAUCAACAAAAAUCAUAAGUGCUUCAACAGCAGCGGGUCUGAUUAUCGAGGCACCACAAGCAUGACGAAGACAGGCCGCCAGUGCCAGCCGUGGAACUCGCAGUAUCCGCACAGCCACACCUACCUCGCCGUGCACUACCCUGAGCUAAACGGCGGUCACUCAUACUGUCGCAACCCAGGCAACAAGCAGGAGGCUCCCUGGUGCUUCACUCUGGAUGAGGGCGUCCGCAUGGAGCUGUGUGACAUCCCCGCAUGCGACCCAGGGAAGCGUGGAGGAAGCAGUGUGGAGAUCCUCUACAUCCUGGUCCCCAGCGUUGCCAUCCCUCUAGCCAUUGCCCUGCUCUUCUUUUUCAUCUGUGUGUGUCGGAAUAACCAGAAAGCCUCGCGUCCGCCCGCCCAGCGGCAACCAAAACCCGUACGCGGCCAGAACGUGGAGAUGUCCAUGCUGCCUGCGUAUAAGCCCAAGACUAAAGCCAAAGAGCUGCCUCUAUCAGCUGUACGUUUCAUGGAGGAGCUGGGUGAGUGCACCUUUAGUAAAAUCUACAAAGGUCACCUGUACCUGCCAGGUAUGGAGCAUGCUCAGCUUGUGGCCAUCAAAACCCUAAAGGACUUCUCCAGCCCACAGCAAUGGAACGAAUUCCAGCAGGAGUGUUCUGUCCUGGCUGAGCUUCACCAUCCCAACGUUGUGUGUCUCCUGGGCGUGGUGACACAGGAGCAGCCUGUGUGCAUGCUCUUCGAGUUCCUGCCUCUCGGAGAUCUCCACGAGUUCCUGGUCAUGCGCUCGCCUCAUUCUGACGUCGGCUGCAGCAGUGAUGAGGACGGCACGGUUAAAUCCAGCCUGGACCAUGCAGACUUCCUUCAUGUUGCGAUGCAGAUAGCAGCUGGAAUGGAGUACCUGGCCAGCCACUUUUUCGUCCACAAGGAUCUUGCAGCGAGGAACAUUCUUGUAGGAGAACAACUGCAUGUUAAAAUUUCAGACCUGGGACUCUCGAGGGAGAUCUACGCUUCUGAUUACUAUCGUGUGCAGCCUAAAAUGCUGCUUCCUAUCCGCUGGAUGCCUCCAGAAGCCAUCGCAUAUGGAAAGUUCACCACGGAUUCAGACAUCUGGGCUUUCGGCGUCAUCCUCUGGGAGAUCUUCAGCUUCGGCCUUCAACCCUACUACGGCUUCAGCAAUCAGGAAGUGAUCGAUAUGGUGCGCAAGAGGCAGCUGCUGCCUUGCCCAGACGACUGCCCGCCACGCGUCUACACACUGAUGAACGAGUGCUGGCAGGAAGGACCAGCACGGAGACCCAGGUUUAAGGACAUCCAUGCUAGACUGCGUGCCUGGGAGGGCUUGUCAUCCCACGCCAGCUCCAGCACACCGUCUGGAGGCAAUGCCACUACCCAGACGACCUCGCUCAGUGCCAGCCCUGUCAGCAACCUCAGCAGCCCACGCUAUGCCGGAUACAUCUACGGAGCUCCUCAGGGGAUACCGGCAGGUCAAAUUGCAGGUUUUGUGGCAGCAGCAAUGCCGCAGAACCAACGCUUCAUCCCUGUGAAUGGAUACGCCAUCCCUCCAGGGUAUACUGCAUUCCCAGCUGCCCAUUUUGCCUCAGCUCAGGCACCCACACGAGUGGUGCAGCACUGUCCUCCCCCUAAGAGUCGCUCCCCCAGCAGCGCCAGUGGUUCCACCAGCACUGGGCACGUUACCAGCGUGCCCUCCACAGGCUCGAACCAUGAUGCAAACACGCCACUGCUUUCACACUGCGUCACUCUAGCUCCUGUGGCCACCAUGCAGGGCGGCACGGUGUCCGUGUUCGGACACAUGGCACAAAAGGGACUUCCCAUGGACCCGGCUCAGGCGUCGCUUUUAGCCGACUCCAACAGAAUCAUGUACAGCGAAUCGAUCAUUACCGCUGACUUGUGAAUACACCUUGCCUUUUCUUGUAAAUGAUUAUAAUUAUUGAUAUUUUAAAAUGUUUUCCUUCACUAUGUAAAUACCAACUAGCCGGAAUGGAAUGUAAAAGAAUUAUAUUCUAUGUUUUUUAUAUGAAAAAUCACAAAAAAAAAAGAAUAAAGGAAUGCCUCCUCAUCUCAUCGUACUGAUGAUAUCAGUAUGAUACCUGAAGAAGAUUUCGGGACCCUUUGAUAUAUUUCUUUUCCCUCUUACUUUUUUUUCCAGCUGCAGUGAGCAUCUAUACAGAAGUCGUGCCUUUUUCACUUUAAUGUCAUUGCAAAAAAUACCUGUGUCCUGAGCUCAAGUCAACAUUUUUCAAUCAGAAUCAUCAUUGAUUUGGCUUUACUAACUGCAAAAUUUUAACAAUUUUAAUUGAAACUGCUUUAAGAAAUCAGUUGAUGCCCUAUGAUCAUUUCCUUUUCAGGUAGCUAUAACUAGUAUCAAUUUAUCGUUUUAAAUCCUCUCUUAAAGCUUAUUGCACUGUUCCUGGUCAUAAACUGGUGACGGCAAAAGUUUGCAUACCGUAGGGCACAAAAAUAUUACAUUCAUUGUCGCGUCUCUUACCUGAUCUGUUCUAAUCCACCAAUCGUGGGCAAGUCUAAACAGACAUAUCUGUACAGUAGCUGUGUCAGGUGGCAUGAAAUCCUUGCCUUUUUCUGUUGAGUGACUGCAAACUUUAGCUUUUACUUGCAUUCAUAUUAUGUUUGAUGGGAAAAUGCAGUUUUCUUCACGUUACCUGAAUGAUGUUCAA